AUGAAUAUUCGAUGGCUGAAUGAUAGUCUGAUUGUUUGUAAAAAUACUGAUGUUUGUCCGGGAAAAUCCUGUAUUUUCCACCUGAAUAAAACGGAUUACAUCCCUCCUUGGGCAGCCAUAUACGUGAAUCGACCAAAGAGAGAGAGAGCGAGAGAGACAGAAGGAGGUUUGCGGUGCUGUUGUGCAUUUGCGUUCAAUUCCCGGUAUUUGUUGAAUCAAAGAGCUACAAAUUCAGGUUUUGAAGUGAUUUCACUACCGAACCAAAGGUAGCUUAGGAGCUUGGCUUGGUGAGAUGGGGUCACUUUUGGGUAGUUUAUCCUUAGAAUAAAGAUGCCACUUGGACACGUUAUUUAAUUUUGAAACUUAUGCUUCCGCUACAAUUAAAUACUUUUGAUAUUUUGGUUUUGAAUUGAACGUAACUUUGUGGUUUGAAAUGUUUUUGAAAUGAACGAUGUUUACAAUCUUCCGUUGCAUUUUCCGUUAAAAGAUUUUAAAAAUAAAUGAAACAAAUUAGGG